AUGGCGUCUCCAAACAAUGAUGAUCAGGGACAGGGAAGAGAAAAAGAAACAAAACGAAAGAAAGAUUGUGACACAGGUCAAGAAAUAAAAUCUGUGGAUUAUGACAUUUCUUGGACACAGACAUACAGUGAUGUUUCUGCAGUCUUCAAGUUUAAAUCCAAAAUUGAGAGAGCAAAUGAAAUUGAUGUCCAGUUUGAGGAAAACUUGAUAAAAGCUGUUUUCCCAAAGGGAGGCUCCUGGUCCUAUCGAUUGUUUGGAGAAGUCAGGAAAGAAAAGAGUCGAGUGAUAGUGAAAGGGUCACGAAUGGAACUGAAGAUGGUGAAGAAGAUUGCUCAGAACUGGCCGACAUAUCAGGAGGUAACACCCAAGAAAGAGGAGCCGUAUGCUAGUGCUGGUCCCUCUGAUCUCCAAACAGGUCCUGAAGGUCACACAGGGGACGAAGACAAGCCCAUCUUCUACAUCAACCACAUCAAGCAUGACUUCUUUGAAAGGGAUGACAAGUUUGUUCUGCACAUUUAUGUGAAAGGCACCAACAAGGAUGCAGUCAAUGUGGUCUUCGAGAAAAGUGCGUUCCUUGUCAAGUUCCACACACAGGAUGUUAAAUUCCUGAAGCUACAUGAAGGCACUUCAGAAGACACUGCAUUCUGCUGGAAGGUGAAACUGAGAAAGGACAUUAAGCCCGAGAUGAGUACAUACAAGAUUACUGGCACAUACAUAGAGCUUGUCCUGAAGAAACUGUCAACCGAACGCUGGGGGUCCUUGGAGGCUCCACAGAGGAAAGAGACUGAAAGUGCAAAGUCCGAUUCCUGGAUAUCAACGAAGAAACCAACAAGCACAGGCAACACAGGACUGGCCUUUGAUGAGAUGAGUGAUGUGAACGUAGACAAGUGCCAGGCGAGCGUGUCAGCGGACAACAGUGACAGGGAGGAGAGGGCUGCAGUGUCAAAUACAAAUGAAAAUAGCAAGAAACCAACCUGCAAAGUCCAGCCUCUCAACAAGCUGGAUGGUCAGCAAAUGGUCAGUCCGGGCUACACCGGCUUGGACAACCUUGGCAACACCUGCUUCAUGAACAGCGUUCUGCAGGCACUUGCUAACACAAGGGAGUUCCGAGACUUCUUCCUAGAUGGGCGGUUCCAGCAAGAGAUCAAUCAAGACAACCCACUCGGGACUGGAGGUAAUCUGGCAGUGUCCUUUGCUGUUCUGCUCAAGAGCAUGUGGUCGGGGAAGAAGUACUCUGUGGCGCCGGGCAAACUCAAGGACAUUGUGUCGAAGAAGGCCAGUCAGUUCACGGGAUUUGCUCAACAUGAUGCACAAGAGUUCAUGGCAUUCCUCCUGGAUGGUCUACAUGAAGACCUGAACCGAGUGAAGAAGAAGCCAUACACCGAGACAGUGGACUCCGAUGGCAGACUAGAUGAGGUAGAGUUAAUCUCUGAUACUUGGGAUGUGUACAAGAAGCGGAACGAUUCAGCGAUUGUGGACCUGUUUCAAGGACAGUACAAGUCUACGUUGGUGUGUCCUGUGUGCAGCAAGGUGUCGAUCACAUUCGACCCCUUCUUGUAUUUGUCGGUUCCACUGCCAAAGAAGUGUCGACAGCUGCCUGUCAUUUUCAUGUGGAAGGAUCCCUUUGGAAGGAAACCAGUCCGGUACUCAGUUCGCCUACCAAAAGACGCCCGUGUUGAACAACUAAAGGAUGACCUCAGCAAAAAGACAGGGGUCAAACCAAAAGAUAUGUGUGUGUUUGAGGCGUACCGUGGGAAGAUCCUUAAGGUCUUUACACGUCGUGCAAGUCUGUCUAGUGUCCAGUUCAACGACACCAUUGUUGUUGCUGAAGUAUUAUCAGAAGAAGUGGCAGGAGAAGCCGUUUACGAAAUACCUGUGAUACAGAGAACGCUGAUGCCCAACCAGGCACCAUUGAGGUGUUCUCACUGCCGGAAGCCAGCUGCUGCAGGGAUGAAGCUCAAGAGAUGCACCAAAUGUUUCAAAGUUGGAUACUGUGAUCAAGCCUGUCAGCGAUCUCACUGGCAAGUACACAAGUCAAGCUGCAAUGUGAUCCCGGACCCCGUCGGCUGCCCAUUCAUCAUCAGUAUACCAGAAUCUCGGGCCACCUUCUCACGUCUAGGGAAACUCAUGGAAGCAUAUUCAAGGUACUCCGUGGAUGUCUUCCAACCCCCUGUCCAGGCCGUGCCGCCCACAAAGCUGUCCAGCCACCCUUCCACCUCCAACCUCAGUUCCUCCUCCAGCAGCCAAUCAAGUGGCAGCCUCAACAGCCUCGACAGCCAAUCAUCAUCAGCCAGCACUCACACACUCACGGCAGAUGCUGAGCAGGCCUUGGACGACGAGUGUGACACCGGCAUAGACAGCAGCAGCACCACAGCAUUAGCAGGGAGCGCCACAUCGCUGGAGGAGGAUCCAAAUGUCAACCCCAUGCCUCCUACCAGUGACAGUUUUGGUAAUGAUGAAGUACCUGAGUGUCCCUCCCUGGAUCAAAGUGCAUCAAGGAACUUCACUGUGGGAAGUUCAGGACAAGCUGAUGAGAUCCUGUCUCCGGAUCAGACCAAGGGCGGGUCCAGAUCCAUCCCCACCAACCCAGUCCUGGGAAUCCAGACGGAGGAGUCUGAGAGGGCCAUGCCUUUGUUCCACAUCAAGCCGGUCAAUAAUGACGGGUUUGGACUGAAGGGUCCUGAUGGGGAGAGGCUCGAAGAUAAGGGGGAUGUACCCCUGGACUUGACCAGUCGCCGUUUUCUUUCCAUGGAUUGGAGAAACAACGACAAGCUUGCUUCCUAUGUUCUGGUUCAGUCUAAGGAGCUGGAUGCGGAUGAUGAUGAAAGCAUGCAGACAGCACAGUCUGAUGACUACUCCGUCAUCACCCUGGACCAGUGUCUGGACGUCUUCACGGAACCCGAGAUGCUCAGCCCAGACGAAGCUUGGUACUGUCCACGCUGUAAGAAGCACCAGGAAGCCACAAAGCAGAUGUCAAUAUGGCGUCUGCCUCAUCUGCUCAUCAUCCAGCUGAAGAGGUUCUCCUUCAGGAACUUCAUCUUUCGGGACAAGAUCGACAAAAUGGUGGAAUUCCCUACAAGAGGUCUGGACCUGUCCAAGUUCAUCCUGGGGAAGACGCCCUCGGUACAGCAGCAUCCUGUGUAUGAUCUCUACGGCGUCAUCAACCAUCAUGGGGGUAUCCUGGGCGGCCAUUACACCUCCUACGUACGCUGCACAGACACUGUUGACCCUCUGAAGAAUGAAGUUGAUUGGCGCCUGUGUGACGACAGUCGUGUGUCAUCUAUCAGCAACGAAAAGAAUGUAGUAACAAGAGCCGCCUAUCUCCUGUUUUACCGCAAACGAACAAACGAACCAAUUCUUCCUCCUGUGUCAAGCGAGUCAUCCGAGGAGGAACAAACCCCUCAACAAAGCAAACUUGUCACAGACUCAAAUGUCAAAGUAUCGGCUGUCGCCACUGGCAUCACCACCAAACAUUCUCAGAAUUUGUUGGAGAAGGGGUCCAGUGACAGUGAUGACGCUGGGGAAACAAGGGGAGACAACCAGGACAAUCGCACCACCUACAGGGACCUGGGUUACACAGACAUGGAUGCCGUUGACUAAGACAUCAUCCACUUAUUUAUAACAUCAUGCAUCUUCCAUCGUGGAUAAUUGCCAUAUUUAUUCAGAUCAAUUGUCAUGUGUCUUUAUGUUUUAUAAGUUGAGUUUCAUUUGCUGCAUGCGGAUGAGUGAAUGAGUGAGAAAAUUUUUGUUUGUUUUGUUGUUUUUUCAUACACUCAGCAAUAUUCUAGCUAUAUGGGCAGGGGUAGAA